UAGGUUUUGUCCAAUGCCGUGGCUCCUGUUCCGGUGGACGUGUCUCAUGCUGCUUGCCUGUCUUAGACUACGGAUAGCGGCCCCCAGCUCUCCCAAGCGACGGGCCCACGCCGCCAGCACACUUGAUCGCCGCCGCCUCUUUUCUCUUUGCUCCUUCACCCUUUACCCCCUCGCCAUUUUUCACUUCUCGCCACCAGCUCUGUGAUCGCUUUGGCGUCUUGUCUUUACCAUCGAACAGCGACCUGACCUGAUCGCAUACUACAACACUCGACAUCAUCGCCCGACCGAUCGGCCGUUAACUCUCAUCAUGCUCCUGUAAAAUCCGACGCUACAACCUCUCCAUCCACCCCCACAGCCGCCCGAGAGGAUGGACGCAGCCGCAGCGGUGCAGUGGUUGGCUGCCAGGCAACUAAAUCUAACCAAGCAUCUUGACCUGAAUAACGACCCUCGAACUGGCUCUGGCCGCAGCGAUGCCAACCAGACGGGGACUAUUAGUUCCAUGAACAAUAAGACGGCGUCGCUUGUAAAGCUCGGAACGACCUUUAUACCUAUUUCUGUCACCUUGGUUGUAUGCACAAUCAUAUUCAUUAUUCUCCGUCCUCGUCUUAAGCGAGUCUAUGCUCCACGGUGCAUACCAGCCCUCCGUUUUCCCGAAACUCCAACUCCCGAACUUCCUAACGGCAUAUUCAACUGGCUAGUACCAUUCUUCAAAACUCCUGAUGCUGCGGUCCUCCAUCAUAGUACCAUUGACGGCUUCUUCUUUCUUCGUUAUCUCAAAGUUUUGCGCAACAUAUUUCUUGUUGGCUGCAUAGUGAUUUGGCCGACCCUGUUUGCUGUGAAUGCUACAGGAGGCAAUGGCGUAUCGCAGCUCGAUUUAAUUACAAUAGGCAACGUGGCAGAAUCGCAGCGUUUCUAUGCUCAUCUAUUUAUCGGCUGGCUGUUCUUUGGCUUUGUGCUCUAUACCAUUGUUCGCGAAUGCAUUUACUACGUCAAUCUCCGUCAAGCUUAUCUUUCGUCACCAAACUUUGCAAAGCGGCCCUCGUCUCGAACAAUGCUCAUCACUUGCGUUCCAGAACGUUAUCUCGACGAACAUCGCCUCAGAAAGCUGUAUGGCGACUCUGCUAAACGAGUAUUCAUUCCUAGGACUACUAAAGCAUUGGCAAAAGUUGUAGAGGAGCGAGAACAGACAGCGAAACGGCUUGAAGACGCCCAUAUCGCUCUAAUUAUCAAAGCCAAUGCGGCUAGGAAAAGAUUUUUCAAAAAGCACCCUGAUUAUCCAGGGGACAAAUUACCUCCUCCGUUGAAAAAGAAGAAACAAAAGGACAAUUCUACAGCGGAUAGUGGUGAUGAAGACCUUGAAAGGGGCGAGGGUACUUCCAAUGAUGAACAGUUUGAACGUGGUGGACAAAUUCACAUCGACAUACCCAAUCCCGAGCUUGAGCUUGAAAAUUUGCAGGUUUUAGAAGAUGCUGCUGAGAAUGCCGCUGUCAAGAAGAAGAACCAGGUACACAUUUUGGAGGAAGAGAUGGACUACGUCCAUCCUUAUGGCCUGAACCCAGACCUUCCAGAUCUUCGGGGUUCCGUUGCCGCCCAAUGGGUUGCAGCCGAAGACCGUCCACACCAUCGACCUAUUGGAAACUUUCUUCGACGAGUAGACACAAUUCGAUGGACCCGUAAACGUCUUCAAGAGCUCAACCUACAGAUAUUCAAGAUGCGCCGUGUUGUCCGAAGAGGAGACACAGGGUCUACACCCGCGGCCUUCAUUGAGUUUGAUUCGCAAGAGAGCGCUCAGGCAGCUCAUCAGAUUCUCGCCCAUCACCGACCGCUGCAAAUGUCGACAAAGUUGCUUGGAAUACGCCCUGAUGAAAUCGUCUGGAGUUCACUUAGAAUGCCCUGGUGGGAAAGAAUCAUGCGCAAAACUGGUGUCUUUGCUCUCAUUGUCGCAGCCAUCAUUUUCUGGGCGCUUCCCACUGCUUUCAUUGGAUUCGUUUCCAAUAUUACGAACCUCAUUUCAUUAGUACCCUUUUUGAAGGUCCUGCUGCUGAUUCCUGCUCCAAUCAUGCAAUUUAUACAGGGCUUCACACCGCCAUUGGCAUUGACAUUGUGGAUGUCCCUUGUUCCCUAUAUGCUACGAUUCUGUGGCCGGGCGUCUGGUUUACCAUCAACAAUCAUGGUUGAGCUCUUCACACAAAACAACUAUUUUGCGUUCCAAGUUGUGCAAGUCUUUCUUGUAACUACACUUACGUCUGCAGCAUCUGCUGCUUUGACGGAUGUUAUCAAGAACCCAUUCGGCGCCAAGGAUCUACUGGCGCAAAACCUCCCAGCUGCUUCCAACUUUUACCUCUCCUACAUUCUUAUUCAAUGCCUCCUGUCUGGAGCCGUUGGUAUACUGCAAAUCUUCGGCUUUCUAAGGCAUGUCAUUCUCGUUAAAUUUACAAACAACCCACGGACAAGAUAUAAGAACUGGCGCCAGCUCAAAGUUCCAAAAUGGGGCGCUUUAUUUCCUGUCUACUCAAAUAUGGGCGUCAUUGCUCUCAGCUACGCAUGUAUUGCACCGCUCAUUCUUGUUUUUGCUGCUGGCGGUUUGGCAUUCACGCACAUGAUUUGGCGAUAUAAUCUUAUCUAUGUCUGUGAUGCGACUCACGAUAGCAAAGGAUUGUUCUACCCAAACGCUCUCUUACAUCUCAUCGUCGGUCUCUAUCUGGCAGAGGUCUGCCUCAUUGGACUUUUUGCGCUCAAGGGUGCAAUUGUCCCUGUCGUCGGUAUGGUGCUCUUUUUACUGUUUACGCUAGUUGUGCAUCAAUCUCUUAGCGAUUCACUGAAGCCACUCUUGGUCAACCUCCCACAAACCCUUGCAGUUGAGGGAGAAUACCAAGAGGAAGAUUUGAAGAAAGAGAAGCUUGAGGAUGAUGCGUCAACCGAAGCUACAGCAGUUGCAUCUCAAGGCACUGCGAAUGACUAUUAUGACACGAAUCAAACAUUUGGGGACGAAAACACACAAGAAACCGAUCCAGAAGCGACCCCAGUUGUUGGCUCGGCAAACAGCUACUACGACGAAUCUCAAACGUUUGGAGAAGAAAACUUCAAUAACUCUGAGGUUCUGCACGGUGAGCAAACACCACGACAUCGUCUUGGGCAUCAUCGCUUUGAGGAAGAAGAAGAUAAGGAGGAGGAACAGUCUGAUGAGCACACAGUUGUGAAUGAGCGAGCAUUGGAAGGAUCCAGCGCUAUUCGCUCAGCAGCUACUGAUUGGCUUAAAGCAAGUGCGAAAGACAAAGUCAGUAUGGCAAUUGAAUCGUCGGGCAUCAAGACAGCACUCACCAGGGCUGCCGCAUUUGUUGGUAUCAAGCCUGGGCAAGGCCCUCCAAGCUUUCUUGCAAAGUGGUUGCAUCCUGAAGAAUACGAGGAUUUUGUGGCUCUCGCUAGGCUUAUUCCACCAGAGUUUGCCGCACCACAGCCGCAUCUGGUCGAUGGAGACUACAAAUACUGCGAUUAUACACCACCUGACCUAUGGGCUCCGAAGCCCAUCCUUUGGAUCCCACAAGACGAGGCACAUGUUAGUAAACAGGAAGUAGCCCAGACGAGGGCAUAUACACCAAUAUUUGAUAGAGGGGCGACUUUGGAUAAGGAUGGCCGGGUCAUUGUACACUUUGAAGCCGCGCCUUUUGAAGAUCUCCGGGUCAAGGUAUGAGCAUAUUUACCAUUACAGAUACCAAUUUGCAUUUCAUGUUGUAUCAUCUUGGGCAUUUAGCAUAGCACAGCUACUCAGUUUAAUCCACAGAUAGGCCUUUAUUUUGAGUACGCAAUUUGGAUUAUCAGUUUUCUUCUAUUUCGAUAUUACAACUGCUCAAUCUCAAGUCCCACCGUGACUCCUCGCUCGUAAUUCUCAAAACUCAAAAUUCCCCAAGUUUUCAUGUAUAUGUUUCUUUUCGUUGUUUUUGUUUCGUUUCGGACCGCUCGCUCGUUAUUCGAAAACCAAGACGUUGCGGAAUCGAGGCUUACCAGCAAGUAAGCUGUCAACAGCGCCCUGAACGUCGGCAAAGGGGUACUUUUCAAUCAUGCACUUGACACCGUGAUUGUUGGCGAAACGGAUAGCGUCUUCGCUAUCAAUAGCAUGACCAGAUGGCCAGCCCUCAACACCAAGACCCUUCAAGAUCAUGGGGACAGUGUUGACUUCAAUAGGGCCAACAGGGGCCAAGCAGAGAAGUUUACCGCAAGGACCAAGGCCGUUGAUAAGAGGGCCAACAACAGCCGGGUUUGGAGCGGUCUGGACAAUAAUGUCCGCGCCACCAAGCUUUUGAAGAGCUUCCGCAGCAUCGCCAGCCUUGGUGUUGAUAUAGUGGUGGGCACCAAGCUGCUUGGCAAAGUCGGCCUUGUCGUCACCAGAAGACAUGGCAACGACUUCAUAGCCCAUCUUGGAUGCGUACUGGAUGGCCAAGUGGCCGAGGCCACCAACACCCUGAACAGCAACAAGGCCGCCAUGCUGGACGUUCAUUUUGCGAAUGCCGUUGAAGACAGUGACGCCAGCGCAAAGCAGAGGAGCAACCUCGGCAGGGUCCAUCUCCUUGGGCACCUUGACGACGGCCUCGGCGCGAAGCAGAACGUACUCGGCAAAGCCACCGUCCUUAGUGUAGCCGUUCACGAGGGCGUUUUCGCAAAUCUGGAAGCGGCCUCGUUGGCACUGCUUGCAGCUGCCAUCGUGGCCACCGUGCCAUGGCCCGCCGACGCGCUGACCGACUGUGAUGCCGUUGACGUGGUCGCCGACCUCGACGACAUCACCGACAAUCUCGUGGCCGGGUGUGCGGGGGAAGACGUCGCCGAAUUCGCCGUGGGCGAUGCCAACGUCGGAGAAGCAGACACCGCAGGCGAGGACUUUCACAAGAACUUGGCCAGCAGCAGGGUGCUCCAGCUGAACGUCUUCAAUGGUGAAGGGGCCCUUGGCCUGGCGGAUGACGACGGCCUUGUACGUGCUUGGAAGAGACAUUGUGUUGGAGAUGGGAUAAAGUGUGAUGGAUGGAUGGAGAGUACAAUUGAGAAAAAGGACGGAGGGUGCGUCGUAAGGAGCUUAUAUAGAUUCAAUUGAUGUGGAGAGGGGGAGAAUAGAUAGCUAGACGGUGAGCUGAGGCGUUGGAGGCGUUGAUUUGUAAAGGCAGCAAUAUUUUAUUUUUCCA